UGCCCGCGUUUGGGAACUGAAUCGGAGACCGCUGUUACUCUAGCUUCAGUGUACGUGAAAUGGCGAAAUCUAUGGCGACGCUGGAUAGUGACACGACGUGCUCGUCGUGGAACUACUCCGGCCACCGACUCGCCGCCGGCUCCGUCGAUGGAAGCCUCGCCCUCUACGAUGCUUCCGAUGCCUCCGCUUCUCCUUCUUCUUCUUUCACUUGCUCCUCCAAAGUUAGGGUUGGUGAAACGAGCAUUGUAAAGAUUGUUUGGCUGCCUCCGGAGUUCGGUGAUGCUGUAGCCUGCAUUUGUGAAGAUGGUUGUUUGUCGAUAUGGGAGGAGGCUGCUGAAGAUUCCCAUGCCCUUGAAUGGAAGCUGUGUAAAAAUUUCAAGAACAAGACGGGUCGAGUGCUUGAUGUCCAGUUUGGAGUUUCAAGAAAGAGUCUAAAGAUGGUUGCAGCAUAUUCUGAUGGGUACAUCAGGAUUUUUGAGCUGUUGGAUCCACUGGAACUGAAGAAUUGGCAACUUCAGGCUGAAUUUCAGAAUGUUAUAGAUUCAGUAUCUUCGCUUGGAAAAGCUUCUGGUUUAUCUGCAUCUGUUUCCUGGAAUGCACUGAAGGGUGAAAACCAAGAACCUAGCUUUGUUUUGGGAUUCAAUUCAGAUUCUCCGCAUGUUAAUUCUUCUAAGGUCUGGGAAUUUGACGAGACACAUAAUAGAUGGCUGGCAGUUGCAGAGUUAGCCUUGCCGGAGGAUCGAGGUGAUCGAGUUUUUGCUGUGGCAUGGGCCCCCAAUAUUGGCAGAUCAUAUGAGGUCGUUGCUGUUGCAACUAGCAAAGGCAUUGGCAUAUGGCACGUGGGGCUAACUCCUGACAUGGACGGAAGGCUCUCAGUGAAGAAGGCGGCUUCCCUUUCUGGCCACGAAGGAGAGGUGCGGGAGAUGGAAUGGGACAUGAGCGGAAUGACGCUAGCGAGCAGUGGAAGCGAUGGGAUGGUUAGGCUCUGGCAAUCCAAUCUGAACGGUAAGUGGCACCAACAAGCCACCCUCCAACCCUUCUCCUCUAAUUAAGCUCCCAAUCGUUUCUUUGAUCAGAGUAAUAAACCUGUGAGUGAAAUGUUUACAUUGGUGUCAGUAUUCCGUAUACUCGUCUAAUUUCUGAUUCCUUUGCAAUCCUCCAACGAUAUUGAAAAAUUCCAUAGGCAAAUAGAAAUGUAAUGAUGUUGAUAGUCUUUGAGCCUGUCAUUGUUUUGAAAAACGAGACCGGCAAGUAAAGGUUAUAUUACGAGCG